CCGCCGUCACCGCCACCGUCCGGCCGUCGCAACCGACGUUGUCAUUGAAUCCGUCGUCUUUGUCGAAGUAACUAACGAGCGGAGCCGGGUUUUCCGUUUCUUCGUGUCGUUCUCGUGUGCGUACGUAGACGUGACGUACUAACCGAUCACAGCGUUUUCCCAGUCGCGCGACCUCACAGAGGGAAGCCAGACACGAGGAGUAUAAGGCGCACUACAGACGCAGAUUCGGAAGGAGUUGAGAGAGAGUCUCUCGAGAAAGGGAAACGCGUCUCGUACAUAUUCGAGUUGCGCGAUAGUCGCGAGGCAUUGACGGACUGAGUGCUCGUUCUCUCUCUCUCUCUCUGGAUAUAUAUAUUUCUUUUAUUUAUUCACUCGCCAUCCCCGUUUGGCGAACAUGAAUGAAGAAUAUGACGCGAUCGUGCUCGGCACCGGCCUCAAGGAGUGCAUCCUGUCGGGCAUGUUGUCGGUCAGCGGUAAACGGGUGCUGCACAUCGACCGCAACAAGUACUACGGCGGCGAGUCGGCCUCCAUCACGCCCCUCGAAGACUUGUUCGGCAAGUUCAAGGCACCGUCGCCGGAUGAGAGUUAUGGUCGCGGCCGAGAUUGGAACGUCGACUUGAUCCCCAAGUUCCUGAUGGCGAACGGUCUUCUCGUUAAACUGCUCAUCCAUACUGGUGUGACGCGUUACUUGGAGUUCAAGUCGGUGGAGGGUUCGUACGUGUACAAAUCAGGGAAGAUCUCCAAAGUACCGAUCGAUCAGCAAGAAGCCUUGUCCAGUGAUUUGAUGGGUCUGUUCGAGAAACGGCGCUUCCGCAGUUUUCUUAUGUGGGUGCAGAACAUGCAGGAGGACGAUCCGAAAACGUGGGAGGGCUUCGAUCCUUUCAGUAAUCACAUGAGCGCCCUGUACAAUAAAUUCAGUCUCGAUAAGAACACGCAGGACUUCACCGGGCAUGCGUUAGCAUUGUACAGGGACGACGAUUACAUCAGCCAAACCGCGAUAAUCACUAUCAGGAGGAUCAAACUAUACAGCGACAGUUUAGCGCGAUACGGAAAGUCGCCGUAUCUUUAUCCCAUGUACGGUCUGGGCGAGCUUCCUCAAGGAUUUGCGCGACUCAGCGCCAUUUACGGCGGUACCUACAUGUUAGACAAGCCGAUCGACGAGAUUGUCAUAAAGGAGGGCAAGGUGGUUGGUGUUCGUUCUGGUGACGAAGUAGCUCAAUGCAAACAAGUCUUUUGCGACCCUACGUAUGUACCUGAUCGUGUGAAAAAAGUCGGUCAAGUGAUAAGGUGCAUAUGCCUUAUGGAUCACCCGAUACCGAAUACAGCCGAUGCGCUCUCCACGCAAAUCAUCAUUCCUCAGAAACAGGUUGGUCGCAAUUCCGACAUCUAUGUAUCGCUCGUGUCGCACACCCAUCAAGUUGCAGCGAAAGGCUGGUUCAUAGCCAUGGUGUCAACCACGGUGGAGACAAAGAAUCCCGAAGCUGAGAUCAAACCCGGCCUGGACCUGCUCGGUCCGAUAAAACAGAAGUUCGUCAGUAUCUCUGAUUACAUGGUGCCAGUUGACGAUGGACUCAACAGUCAGAUAUUCAUAUCCACCAGCUACGAUGCGACCACGCACUUCGAGACCACUUGCUUGGACGUGCUCGAUAUAUUUAAACGCGCCACCGGCGAGGAGUUUGACUUCAAUAAGGUUAAACAUGAGCUGGGCGACGAAGAUCAGUAACCGUAACCGGGAUUGUGCAUGUGCAACUUUGUCACGUAACUAUUGCGGAGAAAAAAUUGAGAGCGCUCCGCGAAUUUUCGCGUAUUUUGGAGUAAGCAAACACAUCGGUAUGCAACAAAUGGAUACGUCAGUAGCGACAGUGUCUCCUCAAGGCAGAUACCACGGAACAAGUCACGCUGCGAGCAGACCUGUGCCUAAUUAUAAAAUGUAGAUUCUCUUUGACAGAGGAUGAAAAAACGAUGGUAAAAGUCGGCUAAAUUCUCUCUUUCUUCUCUUCAGUUGAUUAAUCCUAUCUUCGUCCCAACAAAUCUCGUCCUGCUGCUGUUUCCGUGGAUCCUUUGACAGUCCUGUCCGAAAGCACUGAGCUCUCUUUCACACUUAACACGGAAGAACGAACUCUCAGAUUCUUCCUGCGAGCAACGGGGUACUAAGGUUAGAAAAAAAAACCUCUUAUAAAUUUAUAUUUUUCGCAUGAAACCGUAUAUUCGAUCUGUCUCACAUGUUCGAGCAAGAAAAAAAAGGGGAAAGAGAAAAAUAGAGGAAAAGUAAUCGAGAGACGUUCGUCACUGCGCGUGUAUACAAUACAAAAAAUGUAUCAUAUUUUAAUGUUUAACCGAAAUAUACGAGAAUCUAAGUGAAACGUCGUCCAUCGGUAGAUUAAAUUGUACAAAGAGGAAUCUCUCUACAGGUACGCCACGAUUAACAACAACAAUCAGCGGACGAUCGAGUCGUUGUAAGAUAAUGAACCAAGCCUACGAAUAAUUCACACUAUUUUCAGAAUUUCCCGCCAACUGCCGUGCUUUUUCCACUCCUCUCGUUUCAGCUAAUACCUGAGAUUGAACGUCUUGCGUCUCCGAGAGGAGCCUCAAGCCUGUUGUGAAACGAGAAGAGUAAAAGAUAGCGGCGGGAUCCCCGAAAUAGUGCAAAUUGUCCGCAGGCUUACGAUAAACAAUAAAACCAACAAUUGAUUCACGAUACAGACGAUACGAACGAUGUAAGUACCACAUUUGUUUAGAUUUAGCACCGGACACAUUUAGAUUGUAGAAGACGAAACGUUUCCGGAAAGUCUUAACUGCUGCAAAAAUUAUGGGAAAAAUUUUGGUGGCUAUGUACGAGCAUCGGCUUUCAGUUGCUCGAGCUCUGCAUUUAUUUUAAUUAAGCUAAUCGACGGAGAGCAAUGAUAUAUAUAUAAUUUUAUACCGAGUCGCCGAGACGCACGGGCGAUGGUGUUCCGUUGGUAACUGUCCGUUAUUCAUUGAUCGUGUACCGAAAUUAGACUAAAAAUUAGCACUCAGAUGUAAAACGCGCUUCUCGAUAUGUAUAUUCGCGUGUAUACUUGUAACAAUCUCCCUUUCGUUCACCGCACAUUCGCUCGUCCUCUUAUUGAUUGAAGGAUUUAUUCAGCGAACAAAUAGUAUCAAUAGAGAAGUAAUUAGAUAUUUUCAACGUGCGCGCAACAGAACUAGAAAACUAGUGAAGCCGUAUACUUGUACACAAAGUCGAGACGGAAGAGGUGUUAAGAGAGAGAGAGAGAAAAAAAAAAGAGAGAAUCGAAGAUUAAUAUCGAAACGAGGACGAUAUCCGGAGCGGCCAAGCAUUUCAUUAUAGAAUAUUAUAUAUAUAUUAUAGUUCUAUAUACAUAUAAAUAUAUAUAUAAAUAUGUAUACAUAUAUAUAAAUACGAGGAAAUGAAAUCGUUGAAAUAUUGUUGUUUCGUGUGAACUCGAGAUUCCGGAUUAUUUCUUUUGCAUAAUAAGAGCGCGGACGUAUCACGUAAUAUUAUUAUUAUUAUUAUUAUAUUGUUAUUCGAUAAGGUACAAUGGGAAGAGAACAAAAGAAGGACGAGUGAGCGCGCAUUAUUCAUAUGUCUACGACAGUUGACUGAUUGUCGUCGUUUUUUCUUUUUUUUUUCUUUUGUUUUCUUUUCAUAACGGGUAAGAAAUGAAUCAGCAGUUUUACUUAGAUUCACGUUUCACUUGCACUCUCGCAUGGGUCACCGCGACAAGCGCACGCAAUUCCGCACUACGUACGAAAAUCCAAUGGAAUGUGGGUACACAACUGUCUACGGAUGGAUAUCUUUUACCGUUAUCCAUACUUGUAACACGAGAACCGAGUGGAAUAAACGAUAUUGUAUUAACUAUA